CCAACCAAUAGUGUUUUCAAAAGCACUGAUUGACCAUAUGUAGCUGUGGCUGCAUAAUUCACGAUUUCCAGAAACGCAUAUAGGUCUACCUUUUCAGAAUGAGCCUAUGUUGUCAAUGGUCUGUCAAUUAGAGUCUCAUUUCUAUAAUUGUUAUCAGCAUCAUUAUUUUGAAUAUGCUAAAAAUGCUAUUAUUACAGCUCUUUCAGUUUAAAGUGAAUCCAUUGGAAAUGAAGUCUGACGAAAACAUCACUGGAACAGUUUGCAGCUUUUCUUUGCAGAGUAGCAACUCUUCAGUCAAAUUCAAAGAUCUUCCAGAAAACAUUGAGAUAUAUUUACCUCAACCUGAAGCAGCUCAGCCUGAAGUUGUGGACGUAACCUGGAAAAAUGGGUUUGCGGUCACCUCGACUUUCAACAUCACAGAUGCAAAUGUGACUGUCGUUGUAACAGCAGUCCCGAAUCGAAACAUAAGCCUCAGUUUUACAUUGCACCCACCCAAUGGGACAAACAUCAGCUCUUGGAAUCAAAGCACUACUGUGACCUAUAAAGAUGGUUAUCGCUGGCUGAUCAACCCUGAUAUGAGAAAGGAAUUGGAUGGGACCUGGAAGGUGUCAGUGUUACCAACUUCUUACACCUCAAGUGAUGUGCUCACCUUCAAAAUGUCUGUUUUUGUAACCAAGUGCCUGUUUUGGGACACAGAUAAUGGACAGUGGAGUAGAGAGGGCUGCAUGGUUGGUCCCAAUACAAUGCCGAACUUAACGCACUGUUUGUGCAACCACACAACGUUCUUUGGGAGCUCCUUCUUUGUGAUGCCCAACCAGGUGGAUCUGUCAAAGACCGCAGCUUUGUUUGCCACAGUAAAUGAGAACUACAUAGUGGUGGUUGUGCUCAGCUGCUUUUUUGCGCUCUACCUGAUCCUUGUAAUGUGGGCCUGGUAUGCAGACCGCAAAGCUCUCCGAACGCGUAAAAUGACUCUGUUGGAGGACAAUCACCCAUGUGCCCAGUACAACUAUCUUGUAAAUGUACAGACAGGCCACAGAAGAAAAGCUGGCACCACUGCCAAGAUAAAGGUGAUGCUCCAGUUUGCUGAAGGGCAGAGUGACUCUUAUAGUUUGUCGGACUCAGAGAAGCCUGUGUUUGAGAGGGGAGGAGUGGAUGUGUUUCUGCUCAGUAUGCCUUUUUCACUCGGUGAACUCCAGAGCAUCGACAUAUCGCAUGACAACUCAGGUGGAAGCCCUGAUUGGUACUUGGACAAAGUGAUGAUCCAGGACUUACAGACGCAGGACGUCUCACACUUUCUGUGCUCCACCUGGCUGAGAGGUGAAACGUGCAAGAGGACAUUCAACUCGGCUAAGAAGAAUGAAAUCGCAAGCUUUGGCAACAUCUUUCAGACACGUACGUCUUCAGGUUUCCGGGACGAGCACAUCUGGGUGUCGAUCGUGGACCCGCCGCGGCGCAGUCCUUUCACGCGGGUACAGAGAGUGUCCUGCUGCAUGUCUCUGCUGCUCUGCACGAUGGCCAUCAACAUCAUGUUCUGGAACCUUCCCACUGAUGCCGAGUCUCCUGUCAUACUAAAGAUAGGUUCGUUUCAGCUGACGUGGCAGCAGUUCAUGGUAGCUGUAGAAAGUGGUCUCUUCAUGUUCCCCAUCAACAUCCUCAUCAUUACAAUCUUCAGACACAUCAAACCACGCAUCCUCCUGAACAAAGGCAAGACAGACUCUUCCAAGAAAACAACACCAGCUGCCAGUGUCUCCAUGAACACCAUCAUACAGGAAACUGUAGGAUUGUUGAAUUAUCUCAGCAAAAGCCCAAAAAACAAUCUGCCUGCCAAAGAAAUCCAGCCUGAGACAAGUGGCGACCUUUUCUGGGCCCUAGACAAAGUCAACCACGUUCUUGAGAUCAUGCAAGCGGAGAGCAUUGGUGACCCUCACUGGUUUUACUGCAGUCAUUUUGUGCUUUACUCACUGAGCCACAUUAAUAACCUGCUGGAGCAUGUGGGGGAAAAAGGCUGCUUCCUUAAUGAGGAGCUUCGGCAGGCUCGCGGGAUAGUCAAUGCCCUGCUCAAGAAGGCUGAAAUUGUGUCUCAAAAGCACACUUCCCAAAGCCAACCAGUAGUUCAAGUACAGAAGAAGAAGCAGGGCUGGUGGUUGCCCUGGUGGUUUCUGUUCAUCGGCUGGUUUCUGCUUUUUGUCAUGAGUGGUAUUUCCACCUUCUUCACACUGCUUUAUGGCUUCCAGUAUGGAAGAGAAUCCUCUAUCCAGUGGGUGGUCACUCUUUCAUUAUCACUGGUCCAAAGCAUCUUCAUCAUGCAACCUCUUAAGGUGAUUUUUGUGGCCAUCUUCUUCGCCAUGAUUCUGAGGCCUGUGGCAGUAGAGAACAAUGAGGAGGUGGAGCUGCUCCUGCAGGAGCAAAAGGAGAAAUGCGAGGAGUACUCUGGCAAAUCAUUAUGCUGAAUAUUCAAAACAAACUAACUAAAGAGGAGGAUUUGGACGAGCUGGAUUUGUGAAGUCAUCAAACUCACCCAACUUUAUUCUAGCUUUGGUGUUGGGAACAGAAGAUGCGGUUUUCAGAACUAUUCAUGAAUUCUGUUGUAGAAUUUAUUUUUAUGUUAAUAUUCAAGACAGCUAUAUGUACAGAAGUUUACUGAAUUUAACAAACUCUGUUUUAGUCUACACUGGUGUAGUAGCAAUGGUCAAUAGUUCAGAACACUUUUUUGUUUUUUGGUUUGUUUUUUUUUAUCAAAUCAAUAAACAAAAGUGAGUUUUUCCCUAAUAAAUCAUGCCAGUAAAGUCAUCUGAAAAAUAAAAAGUUGUCAGCUAUUAAACUAAGAUAUGACUAUAUAUGAAUAUAUUUACAUUCUGGUGGUCAGUAUCAUUCUAGAGAUGCUUAUUUUUAUGUGACUAGAAGAGCGUAUUCUCACUCAUAUUUCGCUUGGUGUUUUGUAGUUGUGUGUCUGCUGUAAUUGUUGAGCUUUGCUUAGUGUCAUCUCAGUCUGUCAAUCUAGAUUAUUAAAAACGUUGAAUCACUAUUCUUUCAACUCUAUGAAAUUAAUUUUAGACAUUCCAUACAAUGUGUUUUAAUAUGCCUCCAAUAAAAAUCUAUUUUGCAGUCCU